CGAAUCAUGAUGAUAUUUACGUCUUCCGACGAAGGUACGUACGAGAUGACUCGCACCGGUGUUUUUGAAGUUCAUGCACUGAGUAUUAAUACGACAUUUCGUCGGAGGUGCAUUCUACUGGUUUCGCAUGCGUGCUAUUCGGUCGCAAAAUAUAUAUCAUUUAGAUUUCUAUUCCUCAAUACUUCGUCCGAAACAUGAAGUGUCCUACUAGCUAUGGUUCGUCGCAAAUAUUGCUGUUGAUGCUGCUAGUUGCUUCAACAAAAAUCGACACAGCUCACCCGUUUGCCGUGCAGCACACAAAUGGAUCAAGUCUGGUUAGAAAUGUGGCGCUCAACGUCGCAACCGGCAUGGUACCCCCUCCUAUUGCGCUGGAUGAAACAGCAGUCAAGACGAAGCAACCGCCAUCUCCAUUGAAGGAAGGGGAUUUCAAUGAUCGCUUGCUUUCAUACGACAAGGAAGGUUACCCUAAACUCGGAUCUCUAAUGAAGGCACUUCCCGAGAAGAUUUUUCACGUUAGUACUGCGAAAUCUCUUUUUUAUUUUGCUGUCGACACAGCUGCGUGUAUCGCAAGCAUCGGAUUUCUAUACGCCGUUGUGACCUCAGAGGUAUAUCGGUCGUUGGCGCUUUGGCAGCAGGCCAUUACCGUUGCACCACUUCAGAUUUUAGCUGGUUUUGCGAUGUGGUGUCAAUGGUGCAUUGGUCACGAUGCCGGUCAUUCGUUGAUUUCGAAAGAAUACAAAUGGUUGAACUCGGUUGUUGGUGAAAUUUCGCACUCCAUCUUUUGUUUGACACCUUUCGUGCCAUGGCAACUGAGUCAUCGUAGACAUCACACCUUUCACAAUCAUUUGGAACGGGACUACAGCCAUCAAUGGUUUGUAAGGGAAAAAAGAGAUGAAUUGGAAACUUGGGUGAAGGCAUCUUACGCAACUAGAAAUUUCCAUCUUCCCUUUCUGUAUUUUGUUUACCUAGCCGUGGGAGUACCUGAUGGUGGACACGUGAUCCCUUUUUAUGGACGACUCUGGGAAGGCCAGAAACUAUCAACAAAAUUACGUGGUGUUGGGUCAUCUCUGCUGUCGAUAGCGACGGCUGGAGCACUAUGGGCGAACAUGGGUUUUGCUGAUUUCACUGUCGUCUGCAUGGUCCCUUGGGUAGUGAUGUCCUUUUGGUUGUUCAUGGUGACUUACUUGCAACAUCACAGCGACGAUGGAAAACUUUACACCGAUGAAACAUACACCUUCGUGAAAGGCGCCUUUGAAACAGUUGACCGGUCGUACGGCAAGUGGACAAAUAGAUUGUCACAUCACAUGAUGGAUGGGCAUGUCAUGCAUCACUUAUUUUUUGAGAGGGUACCACACUAUAAUCUCGAAGCAGGAACAAAUGCCUUGACAGACAUCUUGGGAAAGGAGGGAAAAGGAGAUUUGUAUAAAUCGAUUGAGACGAAAGCUUACACGCAGGAAAUUGUUAAGCAAUUUGACGAGAACUGGUUCUUCGUUAAUGAGAAACAAAUUAUUCGAGAGUAAAACGCAUGGAUAUAAUGAAUUUGGUAUUAUUGC